AUGACGGACCGAGAGCUGUUGGAAAAAGGAGCGGAACAGUGCCACUUCACCUCCGCCAUUCUUCGCAGUAUCAAUCACGAAGAUGGGCGUGAGGCAGGUACUCCCUAUCUUACGGAUGGAGACGGCAACUGCUUGUUGAACGCCGUGGCCAUGCUGCUCGUGAAGAAGCAACCACGUGGGGACAGGAACGCCGUGAAGACGAUGGCAGCUCAGCUCCGGCUGGGGAUUGUCGUGGAAGGCUUGCGCAACAUCGAGGUGUACCUCGAUCGCCAGUAUGAGUUCUACGGCACGUGGUACAACUAUGUGGAUCAGGUGGUGUUCGACCUGAAGAGGUGUGGCUGGGUGGUGGACGCAAUGCCGGAGAACCGUUGGCGAAUGGCGUCGCGUGACUGCGCACGGCUGGUGUUCUUAGGAUGUCUGCACCACAUCGCUCGGGAUAAAGUAUUCCUCCAGCAGUUCGUGCUUCCUAUGCUGGCCACCGUCAUCCGGGGACCUGUCCGCGUAUUUGUGCCAUUCACCAGCGUCCAGAACGUCAACGGUGGAGAGUGGCAGUGGACCCUGUUCCAACCGCUGGUCGCACCGGACCCGGGACGUCAGACCGUUCAUGUUGUUAUGACGUAUGUUUCGAGCGCGGACUACAGACCCCAGUUCAGCGACGCCCACGAGUACAAACGUCUCAACGGUGGCCGCAUCAGGGAGUUGAACCACUUCGUGGCUCUGUCUCACGACAACACCGCGAAAAAUCACGAAGCUGCUGUCACGAGGAUGGCCGGUGUUGUGCGCUUGGCACAAGACGACUGCAAGGAGUCGGAGGCGAGGCUCAAGGAAGCUGUAGGGGACUCGGGUGGUUCACCGUCGGCUCCUCAUACCUGCACGGAACUGGCGGACGCGCAGGGCAAGGCGCAAGAGCAGCUCAGGCGGAGGCAGGCCGCUUACAGUUGUAUAACGGGCACGUACUUCGCGAGUACCCCGCUGGCUUCCGCGGCGGAGGUAACCGCGUUGGAGAAGGAGUGCUUCAACAAGCGGCAGGUGGGUCUUUGGGGCUUGGGUGUCGAAGAAGUGGGCAAACAGGAAGGUGAUCGCAUUCAGGUGAAAUGCAGCGGCGAUUCAUGUCUGUAG